ACUGAAGUUAUUUGUUUACAAUAUCUAUUCAUAGCCACAACAAUUUACCUUUUCAAUUAUUUAUAUAACUUAUUCGGUGGAAAACGAAGAGAAUUUAAGCCGUAUGUAGAGUUCUUUGAUCGUUUCCAGUUAUAAGUAGAUGACGUUAAAAUAUACAAAUAAACUCGGUCUCAUAAGGCACUGGGUGGCGCCGAUUAAACGAGUACCGGCUAAUUCUACUUCAAAGGCGUUUUCUGUAUAUACCAAGGCGAUGGAAUCAAUAAAAACGAUGAAAGAUUUAGGAUACGGAUUCAAUGUUGAUGGCCAGCUUAGAAAAUUGGAUGAUAAUGGCCAGCCAGGUGAUGAACCGUUUCAAUUCAAUGUCAGUGAUCAGCAUCAGGAGUGUCAGGCGCAUUAUGAGAAGCUUGGUGAUGCAAUAACGGACUAUGUGUACCAUAUCUUGGAAACACGGGAAAGUUUAAUCAGGUUGCCUGUACCAGAAGGAUCCACUGAUGGAACAUUUAUAUUUGUUACCAAAGACUAUGACAAGACAGAUACUUUAUUGAUUCUCAUCAAUGGGUCAGGGGUCGUGAAAGCUGGACAAUGGGCUAGAUCACUAAUCAUCAAUGAAAGUUUAGAUAUGGGUACACAAAUACCUUAUAUUAGGAAAGCUAUAUCUAAAGGUUAUGGUGUUUUGAUCUUAAACACAAAUGACAACUACUUGCCAAAUGGGAAGAAGAUUCAGCACAGUGGCACAGCAGAGGAGCAUGCUCACUACGUAUGGGACACUUAUGUGAAAAAAGCAAAAGCAUCGUCCAUUGUGAUUGUGGCCCACAGUUACGGAGGAGUUGUGACUCUCACAUUAGCAGACCAAUUGAAAGAUGCAUUCAAUGAUCAAGUAAAGGCUAUUGCAUUUACAGACUCUGUUCAUGCAUUUUCUAAUAUCAAAAUGUCAAAGCAUUUUAAAGAGAUUUCAAGAAAUUGGAUAUCUUCUGCUGCAGUACUAGAUACACCAAUGAAUACACCAGAUUUUGAUUGUGCCAGGGUAUCAGCAGGUCAUCCAAAACAUGAAAUGACAUCUUAUGCAUGUAUCGACUCUGUAUUUAAGUUCUUUGAAGAAAAACUUAGCAAGUGACUAUAUCUCACAUUAGUUAUGAUGCCUUAUUAAAUCAAACAAACUAAUGAAAUAUAUUUGUUUUAUUAAAUAGACUUUUAUUUAUCACUUAUAUAGUAUAG